AUUGGAAUAGAGUGAACACGCACUCUUCCUGUUAUUCCCCACAACAGUAAGAAGAUAUUUAUGAAGAUUACGCAUACGAACGCGUUACCGCGAAGUGUUGCCAGCUAAAGCCAGUGUUUUCUUUUGAUCCUUCGCCAUUAUCAGAAGUCUCUGGAAAUUCCAAAUUCAACGCUAUAAAAGCCCUCUUCGUUUCAAACGCCAUCCUCUCUCUCUCUCUUUCUCUAAAGGCGGAGGAGCUGAGGUGUGAAUCGGAGAUUCGUAAAAAAAAAGGAGCUUCGAGGAUCUGACCUUCUUCUUCAGAUUGAAAGUUCGUUAGUGUUACAGAUAAAUUUGUGUUUAGUUUUAAAUUUCUGUGUUAUUCUUUCGUGCUUUGAUUUGAUUUUUUUUUUUCGUUCAUUGCAUACUAAUUCGCGUUUAGGUGGUGUAUUUACUAAUUUCUGAUUUGGAUUUUGGCAGUUGGCAUUCUGUAUUUUUGUGUUCCUGAGUUGAAAUUAGGGUAUUAAGUGUCUUCUUUGUGUUAAUUUCCUUUCGGAUGCUGAGAAAUGAACAUAGAAUUUAUGGAAAUUUUCUGAAAUCAGGGUGACUUUUUAUUCAUUGUCCAUAUUUUCCCUCAACCAAACGCAGUAUUGUGGAUUAUGUCUUUGUCUUCCCCUCUCUCGCUCUAUAUUGUGGUGGUGAUGAUAUGCUGUUAGUGUGAAUGGUAUUUGUUGUUUAUUUUUCCCAUGAACGUCAUAUAGUUUUGUUUGCGUGAUGAAUUUUGUUUUUGCUGUUUUUUUUAUCUUUUGUAUUUAUGACACAUUUUUAUUUGUUUGUUUGUUUUUUUUGUUUUUCAUCUACAAUUUGCCCUAAAUAAAUUACAUUCAUAUGUAAACCUCUGCUCCGCCUGUGUGGUUUGUGAAUUUUGGUUUUGGGUAUGACAUGUUUUGUCUGCUGAGAAUGUGUUCUUAUAUUGUUUUGUCGCAUUUUGUAAUCUUAUUGCUUUAUUGAGGUUCUAUGAUUUUUGAUUUUCAUUGUUUCAAAAUUCUUUUGUUUCUCUAUAGCAUAUUAGAAAUUUCACUUUGGGAGCAGUUUAUUUCAAGAUAUUUAUCGUUCUGCAAUACAAGAACCAUGAAUACUUCACAAUCACAUUCAGUUUAUUUAGGCAAUUAAAUCAUCCCUCAUAAUGUGAUUGAAUCCUUGCCAGUUUCUUGGUUUUCUAAUAUCUGAUGUUAUUCUAUUAUCUUGAAUGUUAAUUAUAUUUAGUGAGCGGAUUCUGUUAUACCUUUUCUUUUUCUUCUUUCUCUAAUUUUGCUAUUCAUUUUCCCAAAAUUUGUAUGCUAUUUGUACACUAUUGAUAAUGAAGGUGACCCUCUCUUUUGGAGAGGGACCUAUUGUUCUUUCUCUUCCUUGUUUUUUUAGUUUUCAGAAUGUUGGCUGUCCUAAACACCUGAACACAUUGAAAUUUAUUUUCAUUCUUGCAACUUGUAGUAGAGCUGUGUGUUAGAUUCAUCUUCCUGUUAGGAAGAAACAACUAUUCUACUCACAAAGUGCUUGGAAAUUGGAAUAGAUUUUUUAUUUUUUUUUUAAUCUUUUGGAAUUUAGCAUAAAUUUAAAUGGGAUGGAGAUUGGAAGAUAAAAGUACAUUAUGCCAACAAACUCAAGCUGAAAGUUCCAUCUGUGGAUCUACCUCACUAUUGCAGAAUGGACCUACCAUGCAAUUUAACUAUCUUUUACCAUGACGUUUAAUCUCUUGAAUAUUUUUGCUGAAACUGUUGGCAAUUAGGCAUCUUUAGAUGUUUGUCUCUAUGAUUCUCCAAUACUUUAGAAAUCAUUACGCCAUGAGAUGUUUGUCUGAACCCAAAAAAUUCCCCAUAUAAUAUUUCAAAAUCACUAUUAGAUAUCAUGUAACUCCUCGAACCCGCCAAGUGGGGCCUGAGGUGUUGUGUGAUUUAUUCACCUAUCUUUGAUACAAAAAAAAAAAAAUACCAUCCAUGCAGCGGAAAUAAUUAAACAUAACUCUAUUAAAAUACCAGAGUUCUACUUUAUACAAACCAAAAAGUGUAUCCGUGCACUUUAUAUUACAUAAGUAGGAAUUUAAACAUAACUUUAUAUAUUUCACAUCCUACAACUACUCUCAAUUACCAAAAACUAAAUCCUGCCCUGGAGCUUGCUAAGUUCGAUCACCUGAAGGACCUCAAAAGUUAAUAAUUCGCUAGGGUGAGACACUUCUCAGUAAGGAUGGAAUAGUUUAUAACAGCGUGUGCCAGAUGAGUUUUAGUGUGCAAAAAAUAUAUUUGUUUGUUAAUCAACAACAACAAUUGCUAAUACACUUAUAUACUAUACUCACACAUACAUAACCAAAAUUUAUAGCGAAAGUUCCCGAGGAUUGGGGAAAUUACACGCCCAUACAUGUAACACCCCUUUGCUCUGAUACUGUUUGUAAUUUUGCCCUUUUAAUUUGGGUAAGGUUACAACUGAUACUUAUUAGGGCACUCACUUUACUCAGUAAGCCCUCAGGCAGAGAGUUUUACUUCGCCAUAAAUAUUCAUGCAUUUAAAUUCACAUACAUGCACCCACACGCAUUCAACAUCAAUCACACCUUUCAGUCACAUCCACAAAGGAUAUCGCAUAAGUUCCACAUCCACACAGGAUACUGCACAAGUUCAUCACAAUCGACAUUCACUGUUACACUUCCCAAUGACCUAUUCAUAGUAUAACAGUAAAACAAACUCCUCAGGCCUACCAACGUUAUAUUGUGAUUUAUACUCAGGCAAUAUAACAAACUCUUCAGGCCUAACAACGUUAUAUCGUGAUUUAUACUCAGGUAAUAUAACAAACUCCUCAGGCCUGCCAACGUUAUAUUGUGAUAUCUACGAAUAACCACACAAAACAAUUCAUCCAAACAUAUCAAUUUAUUCACUACAGUAAUCACAACUAGUUUAUUAUGAAGAGUUAUUCUCAUGCCACGGUUUGAGUGUUAAUCAUAUUGUUAUAUAUAGUAAAUAAUUAAUAUACCCCACUCACAUUGGUUUCUCCCAAAUAUGAAUUAUAAUCAAAACCAUCAUUUUCAAAUUCCUAACCCGUUCAGAAAAUCAUACAUAUAUACACCGACUUAUAUAUACUUGAAUUGUACCUAUUCAAAUUUAAUAAAAAACUGGUAUAAUUUAUUCCCCUUGUUUUUUCAAAAACAACCCAAAAUGAACGGGAAAGCAAGACCCUAGCUUUCCGAAACUCGCUAAGGACAGAGAUUGACAAGCCGAGAAAAGAUAGACACGGCCGGAGAGUAAGCACGGACUUCAAUUAGGAUUAAGAGAGCGAGAGAAACUUGAAAGAAGACCAAAUCCUGAAACCCUAGGUUUUUGAGAGAGAGAGAGAUAAAGGAAAUUUUCUAAAAAAAUAACCUAACUUCUGUUUAUAAAGUUGUUGCCAUGCACAAAACCGUUGACGGUUUGGCCUUUGCCAAACCCAAUAACACCCUUAUAUGCUCUCGGUAGUCUGCCCUGUAUGAAAACCGUCGAUGGUUUUUUCUGAGUCCCACGUAACCUUUGACGGUUUGGUCUUGGCCAAACCUAUUUUCCUUGUUCUUUUUUCUUUUCUUCUUUUUUAUUCAUUUUCCUUUUCUUUUAUUUAUUUAUUUAUUUUUAUUUUCUGGGUCUACAUAUCAUUUUCUGUUAGUCGCAAGUCAUCAUUGUGAGUGUAGAAAGUUGUCCAGAAGGAAAAUUUUAGUGGAAUUGUUUGUUUGAAUCUUACAAAGGAUAAGAAUCCCCCUCAUAAGCUUUUCUUUCUUUCUUUCUUUCUUAAAAAAAAAAACUUCGAAGAUUGAGCUGGUGAGGGGCAGUGUUCGUGGUCAGGGAUUUUCUGUGCAGUUGUUCAGGAUGCUGUCAGUCCCUGAUGUAAAUAGUAUUAGGUGGGUUAUAUGCAUCAUUAUUUGUUUGCUGGGUUAUAUAGUGUUGCACUCACCAUCCCAUGGUUUCUAAAUGCUCCACCAUGGACGCCCCUUCCCCUGGAUCGUGCCUCCUGUUACUUGUUUUUUGUUAUCAACUCCUUGGUGACCCUAUUACAAAUCCAUCAGAAUGGCAUCAGUGUUAAGUGUAACAGUGGUUGCAGGUUUUUAUCAUCCAUACCAACUGUUAGAAAAUGCAGGCACAGAUAUGUCUAAUUUGAUUACCAGAACAUGAAAUUUUGGUGGUAUCCAGAACAGAAAACUGCAUAGUGUAGGCAAGAUGCUAAAAUUUAUGAAAAAAGGAGUUCCAUUAGUUUAGCGCAUACAUCUUUGAUUUAGGCCCACUUCCCUUUGAAGCCUUACAUUAUUGGAGAUUCAUUAAAACAUAUUUUUUCUUAAAUGGAAACCACAUGCUGCUUUGCUAAUCUGGACCGAGGAUUCAUCUUCCGGAAUAUGUAGAAGCUGAUCUUGGAGUGGGGAACUUUGUCUCUGAAUUUUUCUUCUAACUGCAACUGAACCAGUUAGAUUACAAGGAGGCACUAAGGAUUAUCCAAUAGAAUUUGCUGAACAAAGGGGAAGCAAUUUUGGAGGCUGAUGAUAGUAUUAGUUAACUCUUGGGUAAGUUUUUCUUACUGAAGAAGACAUGAUGGAGAAUCCCAGAUUCAGGUUGGGCGUGUAUUCGUGGUGUACGAUUUAUACAGAUUUGGUUUUGAAGACUUCAAGGAUUGAAGUGAUCAUGCAAUGCUAUUGGUUACUAGCACAGCUGGAGGCUUCGGAGUUUCCUCAGUGCUGCAUUAUUAUAAUCUUAAUGGGAUUCUUAUUGAUCUACUUGUUUUGAUGAGUCCUUCACAUUAUGCUGAUUGGAGCUGUUCAACCUAACUUGGAUUGUGUUGUUGCUGACUUCGAUUGGUUUGCAGAUAGAAGAAAGCAACAAUGUCAUGCUAUGUUUGCGUGGCUUGAUAAUCGGAUGACUAUACAUAUGUAGUUACGUUUUUAAUCUUUGCUAUAUGUUUUCCUAUAUGCAGGUGCUUUAGAUUUAUUUCCAGCUUCUAGAUAAUUAUCAGGUUCAUCCAAAGAUUGCAAAUUCAAUGGCAGAAGUAACGAUCAAUCAUCACGAAUCAGCACAAUAUCUUGAGCUCAAAAGCUUGCAACAAAUGACCAACAACAAUAAUGAAAUGGAGCUGAUUGAGUCAUAUGCUCAGCAGUGCAAUGGAGAGUGCAUGGAUGAAGAGGGAUUAAAGGAUCAAAUAGAAGUCACUGGAAAGGAGCUGCUAGAGAAAGGAUUUAUGGAUUAUGGUUGUCUGCAUUAUCGGCGGAGGUGCCAGAUUAGAGCUCCAUGUUGCAAUGAAGUUUUUGGUUGUCGUCAUUGUCACAAUGAGGCUAAAAACAAUAUUAAUGUUGAAAAGAAGCACAGGCAUGAUAUCGCACGCCAUGAAGUCCAGCAGGUGAUAUGUUCACUGUGUGGCACAGAACAAGAGGUUCGUCAAGUUUGCAUCAACUGUGGUGUGUGUAUGGGGAAAUACUUCUGUGAGAUUUGCAAGCUGUUCGAUGAUGAUACAUCGAAGAAACAGUUCCAUUGCAAUGGUUGUGGGAUUUGCAGAAUUGGAGGGCGAGAUAAUUUCUUCCACUGCUACAAAUGCGGUUGCUGCUAUUCUGUUCUGCUGAAGAAUAGGCAUCCCUGUGUUGAAGGAGCAAUGCAUCAUGACUGUCCUGUUUGCUUUGAGUAUAUAUUUGAGUCGAGAAAUGACGUAACUGUACUGCCAUGUGGACACACAAUUCACACAAGCUGCUUGAAGGAGAUGCAAGAACACUUUCAAUAUGCUUGCCCUCUCUGCUCAAGAUCAGUUUGCGAUAUGUCAAAAGUCUGGGAGAAAUUUGACAUGGAGAUUGCGGCAACACCCAUGCCAGAACCUUAUCAGAACAAAAUGGUUUGGAUCCUCUGCAACGAUUGCGGACAGUCAUCGGAAGUGCAGUUUCAUGUCGUGGCUCAUAAGUGUCCCAAUUGCAAGUCAUACAACACGCGCAAAACAAGAGGCUGAGGAGCAGCGGUGGCAGUUACUUCCAAAUUUGGCAAUAUGGAAAUGACAUCAAUUGGUUGCACCGACGUUGAUGCUUUGCCAGCUAGGGCUGACAAACUUUGAACCCACCUGAAGCAGAAUCCCAGGGGAAGUGACGGGCGAGGUGGUCGGUGCAGGCGGCUUGGUCCGGUCGGGGCUCUGAAUUUUGAUUUGCAUGUCCCUGUUCUUUGUUUUUCUCCCAAUGUCUUUUUUCGUUUUUGUGUUGUGCUCUGUUUUCUUGUGGGGAUCGCAUGAAGUACCACCGCCCAUGUCCCCAAGCUGAGCCUCUUUGGCCUUCCCCCCUUUUAUAUAUUGCCUGUAUUUUCUGUCGGCUCAUGUUUUUCAUCUUUUCCCGUGCGUGUAGCUUUUGCCUCAGCCAUUGUAAUGUUACCUACCAUUCCAAAAGUCAAUUCUAAUACAUUUCAAAUUUUUUAAAAAAUACUAAACGAUUUUUCAAUACUCAGUGGAGUCCAUUUCCAUAAAUACAAGCCCAUCCACCCUAAAAUUGUGUUUAUUUCAUUUUAAUUUGAAUGUUUUCGUAAAAA